AUGGAGUACGGUAAUGGAAAUGACAAGAUAUUCGACUUAAAUUCAAUAAGUAGAGAAAAAUUAGAGUUAGUUGAGGUUUUUUAUGAUAAAAUGAAAGAUACUACAAAUGCUAAUGCUUUAUAUUUAUAUGCAUUACAAAUAUUUAAAAUAUGUAAUAUACAUAAUGAGUUGCCACGUUUAGUAGUUUUUGGUCAGCAGUCUAUGGGGAAAACAACCCUCUUGGAUUUUAUUAUGGGUGGCCCAAUGGGAUAUACUAGCACUGAUACAGGAACAAAACAACCUAUAGUUAUUAUAUUAAAACCAAGUGAAACUAAUAAAAUAGAAUGCCAUUUAAAUAAAAAAAAAGUAAAUAUUGACGACUUACAUGAAAAAAUGAAAUCCAUAAUGAGUAAUUUAAAUGAGUCUAUUAUAUCAAAAGAAUUAGAAGUAGAAAUCUCUAUACCUGGAGGGAUUUAUGCUACAUUUGUAGAUUUACCAGGAAUAAAAGAUGACUCAAAAGCAGGAUCAGAAUUAACAAGAAAAAUUGUUCGUAAUUAUGUUCAAAAUUUUCCUAAUGAUAUUUACAUUUUAGUUAAAAAAGCAUCAGACGAUCCAGCUAAUUGGCCAUAUCAUUUAAGAGAAUUCAUAUUAAAACCAAGACCGUUAGGAUUAGGAUUGCAACCAAAACAGUGCAUAGUAGUUGGUACAAGAGCAUUAGAAUUCUUAAACAACGAAUUAAAUAACAUUAAAACAUUAUCAGAGUUGUACGAAAGAGUUAAAAAAAGAAGUAUUAUGGAUAAUAAUGAUAAUAUUUUAUCUUUAUAUUUACUAGAAUUGUUUUCUAUACCUAUUGAACAAAAAGAAAAAAAUGAUUUUAUGACAAAUAGAAUUGCCAUGUAUUCUAAAAUAUUAAAUGGAAGAAAAAAUGUAUUAGAUCUAUUAUUAAACAAAUUUGAGAAUGAUUGCAAUGACUCUAUUAAAAAAGAAUUAAUUGAUUGCUUUGAUGUGGAAAAAUUUAAACAGGAAGUAAAUAAUAAGUUUAUGAAUAUAUUAAUACAACAAUUACGUAAAGUAGAAGUAAAAUUAGAAAAAAAAAAAGCCAAGAUGGAAUUUUAUAAUAAAAAAUUAGAAGAAUUAUAUAAUAAAGGAAAUAUAUUAAGUAUUAGAGAACAAAUUAAACUUUAUAUACGUGAAUUAGUUAAUAUAAUAUCUAAUUUAUUAACAGGUAAUUACCCAAUUCUAAAUUUACCAAAAAAUGGGGAGAGUUUUUUAAAAAAAUAUGGUGGAACUUUGAUGGAUAAUUUAAGGGAUGGAAAUGAUUUGGCUAUAGAAUUAUUUGAAAAAAAAGGAUUAUAUGAUGAAAAUUUUUUAAAUGCUCUACACGAAAAUUUAAAUAAAUAUUAUAGCAUGAAUGAUUUAAAUAAAUCAUCAUCUGAAUUUAAUUAUAAUAUAAAUGACGGCAUAAAUAAUUUAAAUAAUAGUCUUGAUGGUAGUAAUCAUAGCAACAGAGAAAUUUAUGAUAAUUUCAAUGAUAUAGAAAAAAAAAAUAAUGAAAAUAAAUCCUUGUUAGUGGAAGGCCAAUUAGUAAGAUUUAUUUUAGCAAAAGAAGAAAGUAACAUGUUUGGUAUAAUUCAAAAUUCAUCAACCGAUGUAAAAAGUAAAAAUAUUUUAGUUACAUUUUAUUUUAGGAAUAGUAAUACAGAAGAACAAGUACAAAUUAAAUCAGUUGAAAAGGAUAGAUUGACAGUUAUAAAACCUGUUGAAACUUUAAAUUGUGAUGCAUCUUUUUUAAACGGACAACUAGUUUGGUACAAGAUGGUGAGAGAUGAUGGAUGGGUAGGUUUUGAUAAAGCUGAGAUUAUAAAAGUGUUUAAUAAUAAUAGUAAAAUAAAAGAUGUUCUUAUAAGAAAUAUAUCAAAAAAUGAUGAAAUUAUAUCCAUAAAAAUUAGUGAUCUUUAUAUGGACUAUGUAAAUGAUGAAACCAAAAAUGAUUCAAAAAAAGAAAAUGAUGAAGAUAUAAUUAAAAAAAUAGCUGGUCCACAUAGUGAUUUGAAAAUACUAAAUCAGUUAGCUAUUACUUAUAUUUGCAAAUGGUUAAAACAUAAUAUAGCUAAAAUUGAACCAGAAAAAGAAUUUUCUGAUGAAGUAUUAUUACAAAUGAUGAGAAGUAUUCAUAAUAUUGUUGAUCAAAGCGAUUGGAAACCAUUAGUAGUUGAUUUGCUUCAAGCUAAUAUUAGUGGUAAUAUUUUGCAUUUAACUAAGUUAGCUAGCUGUUCAACCGCUGUAGCAUUGAAAAGAGUUUUCAAAGCUGCAUUAGGAGAAAUAAAUAGAAAAAUUAAAAAUAACUACAUCGAUGAAAAUAUAUAUUUAUUAAGUACAAACACCAAGUUUCUUGAAGAGUUAAAUCAGGCGUUACAUAAUUUUUGCAAUGAAAGAGCUAUUAUUUGUUCUAAUGAAAUGAAGGAUAUUGUUUUUGAACAAACAUAUGCUGUUCAUUUUGAAAUAAUUGAAGAAAUAUUUGAUGGGUGUAAAUUAUUUGAAGAUAAUUUUCUUACACCAAAUGGUGUUAAGCCUACAAUGUCUAUAAUUAAUAAAAAUGUUAAACAAAAUUUAGCUUAUAGAAAUCAUCAAUUAUCUUUAACAGAUAUUAAAAUAAAUAAGAAAUCGAAAUCAAAGGAAUUAAUACAAGAAGAAGUUAAGUUACAAUUUUGGGCUAUUAAAAUGCUUAUAUCCGUUCCGCUUGCUACUAAAAUUUAUGCACAUUUCCUUAAUAAUGUUUUACCAAAAAAUAAACACUUAGCAAAUAUUUUUGAUUAUUCAAUUGAUUGUGAGAGUUUUUUAGAAAAAUAUAUACAAAAUAAAUUACUAAAUAAGGAAGUAAAUGGGGUUUUUGUACCAGUAGAUGACAAGGAAUUAAUGAUUCAUUACAAUAUAAUUGAUAAUAGAGAUAAUAUUUUAAGGAAAAUUGAAAAUCAAAAAAGACUUAAUCAAUAUUUUACAAUUGUUUCAAAUUCUAUUAAACUACUAAAAAAUAAUUUAUCAAAGGAAAGCACAUUAGACUUUGUAACAAAGUUAGAUUUUAGUCAAGAAAAUAAAAAAAAUUGGCACAGAUUAGAUUCCUAUGAAGAUUGA